GCGGGUUCGUAGAGUACAACCGCGCGCUGCUCGACUAGAGACUUGUCCUCGCUAGUAAGAUAUGCAAAGCGUCCCAUGAGAUGCGCAGGGCUCUUGCUAUCCUGGUUACACUUAGUUUGAUACCCGCUUUAGCAGCAGGAGUGGUCGAAGAGUGUCCGGACGGGUGUGCUUGCUAUUAUGACUUCGCGACAGUAAAAUGCAGGGAUUCGCCGCUCAAGGAUCUGCCCAGAUUCCACAAAAAUGCAAUGGCAAAAGUCGCCGUACUAGACAUGACCAACUGUAAGGUGGAGCAACUAAAGGAAACCUCGCUGUCACACUUCCCAAACUUGAAGCGUUUGAUUCUUAAAGACAAUUCGGUGGCGCAUAUUGACCAGAAUGCACUUCAAGCUGCUCCCUUAUUGACUGAGCUCGAUUUGAGGGGAAACGAUCUGAAGAGUGUGCCAAGUAGAAUGUUCAGCCAAAGCAAACUUCGUGUCUUGUAUCUCGAGAAUAACCCGUUCUCGUGCGAUCCUUCGACUGUACACAUCCUCCACACAGAAGUUCAGACUCUCCUAACAGAGGACACGGGCCUUGAGAUGUUUGACGGGGGACGUCUAAAGUGCGCCGACCCACCUAACGUGCAAGGACAAAAGAUAAUAUAUCUGCCAAGCGAGGUGCUUGGUUCCAGCUCAUUCACGAGAUCAGAUAAGGAGAGUACAGUACUUGUUGGCUACAGUGCUCUUACGCUGAUUGGAGUUGCGCUCUGCUCUUGCACAGUGACAGGCCUAUUAUUUGCUGUCUAUUACUCAUGCAAAACACGAGUUUUGAAAAAUAAAGAAAACAUGUCUUCAAUGGAGGAGGGGGAAUCCCUUAUGGAGCUUGCAAACACAGAACCCACAGGAAACGCUGAAGACACCCUCGUUAACACCCUCCAUGCACUACGACGUAAGAGUCAAGGCUACCCUGAGGGUGACAUCAUUGACUCAAAUGAUGAGGAUGCAGUAGAGCCAGAAACCUAUAUCAAGGAGAAGCUGGAGCAGCACAGACGCCACUCUUUAGGGUACCCUAGGGACGAGCACAGUAGUGAUGAUGCAAUGGAUGAAAUUGACUUGAAUGCAAACUAACACACUGGAUACAAAAAUAAUAUAUUUUUGAAACUGUCCAUUUCUUUCACUUAUAGCCUUUGUGAAUUUCUCUGUUGUAUAAUUUUGCUGUUUGAUAACAGAAAGCUUUGUCAUUUCUUAAGCUAGUAAAGCAUGGUAAAACUCUACAGCUGUUGACUCUUCCUGUGUUCUUUGCAUGUUACCUUAAGUGUCACUGUUUGACAAAUCAAGUAAGGUAAAACUUGUAAGCAGCUCAUGAAUUUGAUCUACCUGUGAAUAAAUAAUAAAAAUGUGUUCAGAGUAA